AUCGAUUGACGACUUGCGUAUGCAGCAUGUUCAGUUUCAUUCAAAAUUUGGUAACAAUCCAGACAAGGCGAAAAUUUCCGAAAAAACCUACGAUCUUCUUAAUUUUCUGGGAUAUUCGAAGAAGGAAUCAACAGACAGGGUGAGAGUUUUUAACAAAAUAUCGGAAGCAAUGAGACGGACUUUUAUUGCACUCUCUGGUUACACGCAUAUAAAGAAAAUUCUGGUUGGCAGCAAACGUGAAGGGAUUUCUCUUCUGAGAGAAAGUGAUACAGAUUUAAUGUUUGUAUUUGAGAAUAUUUUGUGUAUUGACACAAAGAAAAGAUAUCAUCCAACGAAAGGAACGGAUGAGUUGUUAGUUUACACUGAUAAUCGAGAAACGCCGCCUGGAUAUACAUUACUAUGUCUCCAUGAAGAUAUUACUACCAAUCAAAAGUUUGUUACGGAAUCGGUAGUAAGGAAGAACGAAAAAAUGUAUCUAUCUAGUAGCUUAUUUCUUGAACAAAAUGGAAAAAAUCUACGCGCAAAUACAGGUUGGAUCGGAAGCUUAUCUAUAAAGCUUCCAAGGCGUGGUCCAUCUUUACCAGAAACACUGAAAACAGCCGACUGGUAUGAUCAUAUUUUGAAAUUAUUCAGUGGAGAAUCUUUAAUCAGCAAAAAAGAUUGCACUCCAGCUUUGAAGUUUAAAUCCGCAUCUGCUGUUAACGAAUGGGCAGACAGGAAAAGACCUUACAACUGGCCUACCAAAAGAGUGAUCAAACAUGCAAAGUCUAUCCAAUUGUUCCUCGUUCCAGUCGGCGAGAAAGGGUCACCUGAUUCAGAUUUACAAUGGCGUAUAAGUUUUAUCCUGAUUGAGAUAUAUUUGGUUCAUCAAUUUAGUGAUAUGCAGAUUAAAGUUCUUGUUGUCUUGAGAUGGAUGGCGCAAAAGGUUUUGAAGCCUAUUUACGAAGAAAUGUCUUCAUAUGUUAUGAAAAAUAUUGUGUUUUGGUUGUCAGAAACAGCCAACCUUAAAGAAGGAAGUAUUUUGGAUCAUCUGAAAACUUCUCUUACUCUGCUACUCAAGUUUGUAAAAAAACGACAUCUGCCUUGCUAUAUGCUUCCCAAAAGAAAUCUUCUUGUCUGCAUGGAUGAUGAAACACAUGCGUUACUUGCGUGGAAACUAGAGUCAAUAUUAAAAAAUGAAGUCAUGGAAGCAUGUAAAUAUUUUGUUUGGGAUAGACACUUCGAACAACAAAAUGAUGAAUGCCUCUCGAAGUCCGAAUUUUCUCGCUACUUGAAGGCCUCUAUAGAGGAAUUGAGCUCGAUCGCGAUUGGCUGCAACAAAUGCUCUACUGCAAUAGGUGCCCAAUGGUAUCUUGCUAAAGAAUAUGCAAAAAUCGAAGAAAGAAGGACAACGUUGGCGGGCUUAUAUGCAAAGGCUGAGAAGCUUGUUCGUGAAAUAAACUUAAAAGGUGAAGUGCUUCUGCAGGCGGAACAGUUGGGUGACGUCGAUGAAGACAAAUAUUUUCAUAUAGAAGCAGAAGAUGUAGAAUCUUUUUUAUGCGAAUUAACUCUGAAAAGAGCCAUGUACGAGCAUUCAUAAUAUAUACAAUAACAUGUAUGCAUAAGUAAAUAACUAAUUACAUAGCAAGAUGACGUGACUACAAGUAUUUCUUUUCUUUCAUUAUUAUAAUGGUUACCAUUGAUUAUAUAUUUAAUUUACAAGUUAUUUACUUUUUGAGAGAUUCUACAUUCAAAUAUAUAAUAAUAAAAAACAAGAUUGCAUUUGAGAAAAAUGCUAUGCCACCGCAAUAAUACAACACUAAAUAGUAGUGUAGGAACAGAUUUUUUUGUUUCUUUACAAUUGAAGAUUGUCAUAAUGCAUAUCUAAUUCUUAUUAUCAGAUUAGUGGUUAAAUCUAUUGUUAACUCAAUAAAAGAUCAGAGU